AUGGACAAAGGAGCAUUCCCCGCACUAUAUUUCUAUGUAAGACCCAACCUUGAGUAUGCAGCCCUGGCGUGGAACCCCCUACAUAAAGAAACACAAGGAAAUAUAGACUUGCACUCUACCUUCUCGUCCGUAAAACUGAGUUGCAUCUCGUCGAAAAAGGAGUUGAAACCAGAGUUGAAACCAGAAUUGAAACCGGAGUUGAAACCGGAGUUGAAACCGGAGUUGAAACCGGAGUUGAAACUGGAGUUGAAACUGGAGUUGAAACCAGAGUUGAAACUGGACUUGAAACUGGACUUGAAACUGGAAUUGAAACAGGAGUUGAAACCGCAGUUGAAACCGGAGUUGAAACCGGAGUUGAAACUGGACUUGAAACUGGAGUUGAAACCGGAAUUGAAACCAGAGUUGAAACCGGAAUUGAAACCGGAGUUGAAACCGGAGUUGAAACCAGAGUUGAAACCGGAGAUGAAACUGGAGUUGAAACUGGAAUUGAAACUGGAAUUGAAACCGGAGUUGAAACCAGAGUUGAAACUGGAAUUGAAACCGAAGUUGAAACUGGAGUUGAAACUAAUCUUACACAUAUGA